AAGAAUUCUAUUGACGACCGUAUAAAACCGAUCGGUGUGUUGUCAACACUCGGGAUUUAAAGUACGCCGCAAAUAUUGAAUAUUGGAAAAAUAAAUGGAAAAGCUUGAAAGUUGAACUUAACCCAAGGGAAUUAUAACCCAAUGUGUUUACAGUCUUUUUGGUGAGAUAUAUUUUGUGACUUUGUGAGCGACUGUUUUCAAGAGAGGACUAAGAAUGGAUAUCAUUCCAACAUUGUUCCUUUGUCUGGCCGCUUUGUUGGCGUUGGUCAUGAACAUUUACUUCCUUGUGGUAUUCAUCAGACGAAAGCGACUUCGGACACCAACAACACUUCCUAUCAGUAUGGUUCUGGUACAUUUAGCAUGCAUUGACCUUAUUGCAACGUUUCUGUGGACAAUUUUCGCUGCAAUUUCCGCUAUUAAUAGCGCAUGGGUAAUUUCAGACGAAGAUAGCAGUUUAUAUAAACCGUUAUGUGACACUCAAGUUUAUGUCAUGUCGUUCUGCAACGUUAUUACUGCACACACUCUAAUGGCACUGAUGUUUGAACGGUUUUUGUGGAUUUUCAAACCAUCAAAGCGGCAAGAAAUAGUAUUUGAUUUAGUAGUGGUGGUGUUCCUCGUUGCCCUUUAUGUCUUUGAUGGUGGGAUAUCAUCGUUUGUGUUAUGGGGAUUUGGAACUGCCAUAUACUUCCCAGAGCAGUAUCAGUGUUCAGUGGAUUAUGAAUUGUCUGUUUCUCAUUUUCAAUUUACACUCGCAAUGCAUUAUUGGAUACCGAUAGUUGUUAUAAUAGCUCUAUAUGUUGCUAUACUCAUCCGGGUUAGAAUCCUUAUGACACGUCGUGGUCCUGGCGGAGUUAUCGUUCUAGAAGAAAAUCUGAAAGCUGUUGGCGAUUCUUAUUCAGACAAGCUGAAGGAGAUUUAUAUGAAAUUCCAGGGCGCUGGAGCAAAGUCUGUUAAACCGAAGGUAAAGGAAGUGAAACCGAAGUCAAAUGAUGGAUUUGUAAGUGAUGAUGAUGAUUAUAAUUCAUCUGACGACGAGAAAAGUAAAAAAGACCCAGCAAAUGUAAUGUCACGUGACUAUGAUGAAAAACCUGAAAAGAAACGAGAGAGAAAAAUGUACUUUUUGUCACGACAAGAUAUGCGAGAAACACACAUGUACGCUCUUAUUUCAGCCGUUUACUUCAGCUUGUGGACCCCGUACAUGGUCAGGAGCAUCCUGUAUACCUACUAUUUCUAUGACAUCAGUAUAAGCUCUGAGGUAGUGGCCACAGUGGCCAUAUUGACUCAUUUUUCUACAAGCAUCAAAGUUCCAAUUUAUCUGAUGUCAGAUAGACUUAGAAAGGCGAUGAGAAAGACUCUUUGCUGCAGAGAAGAGAUUAAAAAGAACAACAAGUUCGACGCACCACAUCAAGAUGAGAACAUAAAACGUGAAGAAACAACCGAACUUUAAUUUGAACAAAUUGUAAAUGUAAAAUUAAGCACAUUAAUUGUUUGUCAAACGUAUUUUUACAAGUCUGCUGGACAGACUUUGAAUAUUACAUGUAAAUUUCCUCUUUUUACGUUAUAAUUCCUAUGCUAUUUUGUAUGAUUAAAGAUAUUAUCUACGUUUGUAUUAUAUGAGUUUCGUUGGCUGUUUAUAUUAGUUACACCAGCAAUAUGAAAGCCACGAGGUCAUGUACAGGAAUACUAAAUAUUUGAUUCUCAGUACAAUAUUUCAGACAAUACCGGACACUAAAAUACAUCACAUUGUUCUUCCAUAAGCUAGUUUCUUCACAAGAAGUAACGUUAACUCUUUGCCUAUGGCAGGUUUUGAACCUGCACAAUUGUAAAUUAUGUCAUACUAAUAUUGCUGUAUACAUAAAUCUUUAACUUUUUCUUUCAUUGACAUAAUGUGCAUUUACACACGAUGUUAUUUUUUAUUAAAUGUUAUAAAAAAGCUUGACUAU